AUGUCACAAGUUGGAAAGAGCUAUGGCAAGCAUGGAGAUCCAGUGAUUGCUUACUGCUGUAAGAUGACGAUCGUUCAGCAUCCUCUGCAAGAAGAACUCCAAAAAGUGACCUUGGAAAGUGCUCCAAUGGGUCGUAUGAUGGGAGCGCCAGAGGUUCUCACCGUCGGUUCGAAUUUUAUGCAUUUGAUUGAUGGCAAGAAGGCGAUUGAUGUCGGUACAUUCACCGGUGCUAGCGCACUCGCAUGGGCCUUGGCAGCUGGUGAAGAUGGACAGGUUUAUACACUGGAUAUCAAUCACGAUAACUACGAAACCUACGGUGUACCUAUAAUCUCUAAGGAUCCAGAUGUUCACAAGAGAAUCAUCCCCGAGAACUACCCGCUGUACUAUGAUCGAGUAGUAACGUUGCUCAGGAAAGGAGGAGUAUUGAUGGUUGAUAAUGUAAGUGAAAAUUGA